ACAGAGAGGAUCUGUGCACAGGGCGCCGUGUUUACAGCAGCAGACUGCGUGUACCUGAGCCUUUAUCCGUCUAAAAACACCACCUAUUUAACUAAAUAUCGACGGGAAACAUCAGAUACGAUCAUUUCUGGACAUUUCCUGGAGAAAAACGCUGGAAAAAACGUUCAUUUCCCGCUGAUAUGAGGCUGAAUUACUCCCACCACAACAACGUGAUGAGCGGCUGAAGAGGAGGAGGAGGAGGCUGCGAAACUACAUUUUAUCCUGGAUAUUUCCAAACAAACGUCGUGUAAUUAACACAAAGAGACCAUGCAUUGAUUAAAGAUGCCUCUAAUCUGCCUAGAUUACCCUCUUUCCAUCCCGAUUUUAAGGGUCCCCCCCCACACACUGAGGACCCUCCAGCAGCAGCGGGACGUUGAGCGUUUUUCCCCAGAAAUGGAGUGCGAAGAUGCGGAUUACAGAGGAAUCCCCGCCGCUAGUGUAAACCGCAUUGGUUUUCAUUAUACAAACGUUUACAGGGAUAAAACUGGACUAUGAUUUCACAUUUCCUGGCAAGAGGAAUAAGUCGGUGAUUGCAUUUUUUUGUUGUUGCAUUGGACUCCCUUAGCUACCCUGCAAGCUUGUGUGCAGAAUUAGCUAUUAGCUCCAUUAGCCGGCUAACUGCUAAAAGCUGCAGACUGGAGAUUAAAAAAAAAAAGGGGUUUUAUUAUUCCUCUGCAGGUUUUGCGUCACGUUUCCAUCCCUCCACAUAUUUAUAUACAGGAUUUGGGAGGAUUAACGCAUCCAGGAAUGGGGUCUGGUACGGAAUGGAGAGAUUUGACCUUGUUUUGGGGUCUGAUGCUGGGGCUCAUCCUCCGGCCCGCCACCGCAGAGAUCUGUGGCCCCAGCAUCGACAUCGGGAACGACAUCAGUGAGUUCAGGCGUCUGGAGAACUGCACGGUGGUGGAAGGAUACCUGCAGAUCUUGCUCAUCGGCGACAAAAACAACAACAACAUCAACCAGGAGUUCUUCCGCUCGCUCAGCUUCCCAAAGCUCACCAUGGUCACCGACUACCUGCUGCUGUUCCGCGUCUCCGGCCUCGACAGCCUCAGCACGUUGUUUCCAAACCUCGCCGUCAUCCGUGGGCGAAACUUAUUCUACAACUACGCCCUGGUGAUCUUCGAGAUGACCAGUCUGAAGGACAUCGGGCUUCUCAACCUGAGGAACAUCACGAGAGGCGCCAUUCGGAUCGAGAAAAACCCCGAGCUCUGCUACCUGGACUCUGUUGAUUGGUCUCUUAUUCUGGACGCCGAGUUCAACAAUUACAUCGCCGGGAACAAACAGUCGAAGGAGUGCAGCGAUGUUUGUCCGGGCAUCAUGGAGAACAGCCCUCAGUGCAGCAAGACCAUGUUCAACAACAACUACAACUACCGCUGCUGGAACUCCAACCACUGCCAGAAAGUUGGAAACUCUCCAGCUGUCAUCACGAUCCUCACCAUCGGGGCCUUUUCCCCAAACGUGUCCUGA